AUGGAUGAUAUGAUGAGUUUACGUGAUACUACGGAGAGAGGCAGCGAUAGAAAAAAGGUUAAAUCGCCUAAAAUAUGUCCGAAAAUCCACUCUGAACAUAAUGCUAAUGUAACGAAGCGUAAUUAUUCCGCCCUAGCUGCUGUUGCGGUCGUCAGUGUCUUCUUAAUGGUGGCGAUAUCCACAUCUGUACUGACAGAAGAUACAAAUACAGCCGGCUUUUCAUCCAAUUCGAAUAGUCUUAAUAAAGAAUAUCGUCGUGAAAUAGCGUCUAAUGAAUUUCCCUAUCGUGAUUUACGUCUACCCAAGCAUAUCUUUCCCAUACAUUACCAAUUGCACCUUAGACAUGAUCUAGACAAUUUGAUAAUUCACGGUCAUAGUCAAAUUGUUAUUGGUUGUGCAAGGAAAACGAAUUUUAUUGUUUUUCACCACAACGAUUCCAUCGUUUUAUCCGUCAAUAUAGCUCUAUCUUCAAAUGUUAGCAACAAGUUACAAAUUCGAGAUAAUCGCUACAGCUCACUACUACAACUACGAUACCUUCAAUUCGACCAAGACUUACUACCAAAUGUCAAUUAUACGUUGACUAUUCAGUUUCGAAGUAAGAUCUAUCUAAAUUCGAUCAAUGGACUCUAUCGUAGUACAUACACAGAUGGUAAUAAUGAAAUAAGAUAUGCCUAUGUUACACAUUUUGAACCUGUUUACACCCGACUUGCAUUUCCUUGUUUCGAUGAACCGUCUAUGAAAGCUACGUUCAAGUUGUUUAUUACUCGACCAAGGGAAUAUGGUGUUCUUUCGAAUAUGCCAUUGAAAACUGAUCGGAUUAUUUCCAAUAGUAGCGCUGAAGCGGAGUUUAAGACGACUCCUCGAAUGAGUUCUUAUGUAGUUGCUUAUACGAUAUUAAAUUAUACCCACAUUAGUACGAAAACAUCAACAGGUAUCAAGAUCCGCGCUUGGGCAGCACCAGCUAAGAUAGAUCAAAUGAGACUUUCACUCGAUUAUGGUAGAAGAUCGCUGGAGUUAUAUGAAAAGCUUUUUGGGGUUUCCUAUCCGUUACCAAAACUAGACCUUGUCUGUGUCAAGAAAGCUGGAAUAAGUGCCAUGGAAAAUUGGGGGUUGAUCACAUUUCCGGAAGAAUCUUGCCUUUACUAUCCAAAGACUGGUACCAACAAACACAGAGUUACCGCAACUCCAGCACAUGAAAUAGCUCAUCAUUGGGUUGGAGAUCUGGUUUCAAUAGGGUGGUGGAGUGAAUUAUUUUUGAAGGAAGGUUUCGCAACGGUUAUGGAAUUCUAUUCUGCCUAUUAUCUGAAAUCACCUAAACUUGCACAAUUGCAAUUCUUUCGAAAUAAAUGGGAAGGGGCAAUAAAACGUGAUAUCUCCAGCACUUCUCAUAGUGUUUCCACACCCGUGGAUACUCCAGCGCAAAUUAAUGCGAUAUUUGACGGUAUCAUUUAUCAAAAGGGCUCGUGCAUGCUUAGAAUGAUAGAACAAUUCAUGGGUAGAGAAAAGUUUUUCAAAGGAGUUAAUUUAUAUUUAAAUAAGUUUAAAUAUAAUGCUGCUUUUGGUGCUGAUUUAUGGAAUUCCCUAAGUCAGGUAACACAUUAUGAUAUCAAUUCAAUCAUGAAGCCUUGGAUACAUAAGAUUGGAUUUCCCAUUAUCACGGCGUUAGUAGACCGAAAUCGACAUAAAGUAACCUUUUCCGUUUCGUUAUAUCCACAAAAACGUAAAGUUCAGCAGAAUUCCAUAGAUACAAAGAAUAGUGAGAUAGACCGUCAGAUACCUUUCACCUUCAGAACGAACAUGGUACACAAUGGAAAGUUUUUAAUUAAACGUUCUGCGGACUCAAUGGCGUUAAAGUCGCCAUUUCAAUGGUUUAAAGCCAAUGUCAACAGUUCCGGAUAUUACUGUGUAAAUUAUGAUCAUGAUACGUGGAAUCAACUUAUUCAAUUACUGAAAAUUGAUCAUAAGAAAUUAAGCCCUUCUGACAGAGCAGACCUAAUAACCGAUUCCUGCGCAUUGGCUGAAAUUGGCGAGUUAAAUAUUAAUAUUUUCUUCGGUACAACGGAAUAUCUUAUUCAUGAGAAAGAUGAAUUACCACGAGAUAUGGCAUACAAUUGCCUGAAAAAAAUUCGUUCGUCUUUACAAAGAAAGGCUGAUCGAGAUAAUUUACUAAAAUACAUUGCAUAUCUGAAACUAAAGCCACCGCCCGAUUUAGACAAAGAUAAUCUGGAAAUGGAUGAUUAUAGCUUCCAGUUAUCUUCCCAGAAUGACAAUAAGGAAGACAGCUUAGAAAAACAAUUACUAGCUCUUAUUCGUGAUGGAACACCAGCUAAUUGGUACAGCUUAUUUUACCAGUAUAAAAUGUCAAAGAGGAAUUGGGAAAAAAUUUCUAUGAUUAAAGCUCUGGCAUCAACUCCUCAUCAAUUCUUAAUUAAGAGCCUAUUAGAGCUCAGUCUUACCAAUAAAGAGCUGUCUCCUAGUGAUCUAAAAGAUAUACUAGUAGCAAUUAGCCGGAAUAGGAUUCAUAGAAAAAGCCUUUUGAACUUCAUGACAGAGAAUUGGAAACAAUUGGCCGAGAGGUCUUCUCCCGUAACCAUGAAACUGAUACUAGAUGAUCUUGUUCAACAACCUGAAAUACACGAUAAUACACUUGAGGUUAGAGAUUUUAUCCAACUUCAUAGCAUCGUCUUCCAGGAAGCACUUCAAAAUGACUCCGAUGAGAGGGAAAACUUUAAAUUUUCUUUCACCAAAAUAAAUUCUAAUAGAGCAAGUCAUUGGCUUCGAAAAACAAUUGAAAAACUAAAAAAUGAAGGAAUAUUUAAUUGA